AUGAUAUUUAUUUUCUUGUUUAAGGGAGACCUCUUGAAGGAAUUGCCUUCGUUUAACAGGAGUAACUUUUCAAAAUACUGUGCCGAUGCAGGUACCAAAGUUUCGGUAGGUUGAAAAUUAACCCAUUUCGUCUUUGGAUUUGAUAAAAUUAUCCUUCUUAAUUUGGCUCUUUAUCUCUCUUUAUCUCUACUAAGUGUCGCAUCUAGGCAUUGAUUUGAUACGUGCAUAGAAAAUUUUCAGAAAUCAUCACUUUUGCCAACAAAGACACGUUUUAAAACUUAUAUUCCUGGCGUAUAAGAACGUAAUUACUUAAGCUUAACUUCUUCUCCCUGUCCAAGUGCCUUUUAUAACUCGUUAUUUUGUUUAACAUCCGUAUUAUUAGCGGAAAGUUAACCUGGAGUAUGUAGAUCGAUUUUUGUCCUCCGGAAUGUUCUUGUGAAUUUUUUUUCUCGAGAUCGUAGGAAGUUUGUCUGUCCAGCUAUCACGUUUGCACAAGAAAUGUGCUUUAUGCAUAAAUUUAACUUAUUAUUCAUUAAAAAUAUUGCCCCGAUUCUGAUUGGUUAAAAGCACACGUAUAAUUCAUCAUAACCAGCUACUGAUGACCAAAUUUGGAAGAAUUUAGCGUUUAAUGAACCAAUGACGUCAAAAGUGCAGCCGUCUUGUUAAUGCACCGUUAACCGAGAAGACCUGGGAACGAGGUUGAGUUGUUUUGGUUGUAAAAACAAAAAAUGGCAGACAUUUCACUCGUUUCAAAAGUAAGACCUAGGCAAAAUAAUAGCUAAAAACAUGGCAAGAACAGCAAGAAGAAAACUUUAAGGGUGACAUCUGCUAUUUGGAGAAUACUUGCGGAGCUGAACAACCCUAACCAUGCACCAGCGAAGAUGAACUUAAUAUCGAUGGAGGUAAGCAUGUUUUAGCAAUGUUUUUAAACUAGGAAUUAUUUUGAAUGAAUAAUAAAACAAUUAUUGAAUUCGGCUUUCGUAUCAUAUGAAGAAUUAUGGAGAUCUCGGAGGAUAACACCCUCGUUUUCCAUAAUUCUUCAUAAGAUACUCAGCCUCAUUGUUAAUUAAUUUGCUUUUUUGUGUGUGUUGGCAGAAUCGCAGACCCGUUGUCUAUCUGCCAACAAAAGACGACGGAACGUCUGAACAAGGUAAUUAUUCAUUAUAAGUAAAAAGAACUUUUUAUGUUACAAAAAGCUCAGAUUUAUACUGUAAGUAAUCCAGACAAACAGGCUUAGUUUAAGCAAAACAAAACUUUUUUGUGUUUGCAUAUCCUGAUAUAAACAAAAGAGGGUGUUGGAAGAAUUUGCUAUGCAAACACAAGAGGAAGUCCAGGGCUUGCUUAACUUUCAAGAGCAGCCCCUAAAAUGCUUACAUCAGGCUCUGCAAAAAAAGCAAAAAAUUCUCUAUUGCUUUUACAAAGUAACUUUCCCAAGAAAAAGAAGCAAAACUCUUUGUUGCAAAUAACAUUAUGAUAGCCUGCGUGGCAGACAUUAAAAGAGGUUGAGGAUCAGGAGGAAGGAAAAGGGGAGGCCUGCUAUAACAACCCCCUUUGAGUUUAUUUCUGCGGCUGCUGGCCACUGAAAAUUUCUGAUUGGCUGAGCUAUAAAUAUGAGUAUCUUAGUCGCCAUGCAUUAAGUGAGAAUCAACGUUGAUACAGGUAUCAAAGCAAACAUGAUCCACUGACCUAAGCACAAGCACAUAACCCCAAAAUGUCUUAAUUCUCCUUAUCUGCUUAGAACCAUGCCGAAGGUUUUUAUACAGCCAAUCAGGACCUUGGAAUUUUUUGCCCAAAUAUGGAAUCAAAGAAUUAAAUGCAUCUCUGUCUCUGUUCUUCAGUUGCUGUGCUUAGCAAACCUCUCAAUGACAUCCAUAACUCAAAUAGUACACCCUGAGCCUUUUGCAAUGUUUAAUUAUUGACAAAGAAAUGUUUCCAUUUGCUUACUGGUAGUAGGGCAUUGGAAAGUGUGUUGUCAUGCGCGUGCACUGUGACAAGUACAAAAUCAUUUUUUGCAAAGACUCUUUGAAAAAAAUCUUUUCAUUCAAUAAGUAGCUUUUGGUCUCAAUCGACAAUGUGAGCUGUUAAACAUUCCAUUUUUCAACCUUUCAUGUUAUCAUGUAAAUAGUUACUAUUACUGUUGGUCAUUUCUCUUAAUGUUAAUAUGAAAACCUCUGAAAAAUAUGAGGAAGAAAACACUGAAGUCACCUUGAAAUUGACAAGUGCUGCUAGCAGCUUGCCGCUCAUUUUCAUAAAUAUAUUGCACCAGGCCCAUAACAUAGUUACCGUUUUUGUUUGGAGGAAUUCAAUCUUGGCCAUUUUGAGGGGAAUGAUGUUUUGAUUUUGGUGGAAUUUGGUCUCAGGAAUCUGUAAUUCCCUUUUCCAGCACAUAGUUUACAUCGCGACACACGGAAAAGUGAAAAGUGUUUGGUCACGUAGUGACAGUUGACAUUUGGGAACCUGGUGGGCAGCAUGCAAAAACACAAGUUUUUAUGGCGGGAACUCCCUCUUCCUUUUCCCUUUUGCACUUUUUUCCCCCUCCCCUUAAUUGUGCAAAACACUCAAACUACCAUAUUCCAUCAAAUAAUAGCCGUCCCUCGAUUAAUUGUGUCCCUCAAACAGAAAUAUUUAAAAUAAUCGCCUCCCUCAAAUAAUCGCCCCCCCCCCCCAACCCAUCUCGCCUGUCGACUUGAAGUACAGUCUGAUCCAGCAGAAUUGAUCAGUGACAAUUUAUGCUCUAACGCCAAGGAUAUUGACAUUGAAAAUUACUCAAGGAACCAAAUUUGGAACUCUUAAAAAGCCCAUAUUCAGUUUAUUUGAUGUGAUCAUUUUCUGAUUUAAUGGGAUGAUAAAACAAAACAUUAAUUUUAGGGCACAACUUCCAGUGACCAAUAUUUGAAAUAAUUGCCUCCCUUGAAUCAUAGCCUUCCCUCGAAUAAUUGCCCCCUUUAUGAGUGAAAAAAAUAUUAAUCACUUCCAGCUAUUAUUCGAGGAAAUAUGAUUUAUUUUAAAAAUAAAUUCUAGUCUAAAAAGGUCUCAGACUUUUUUAGUAUUGUAGCGUUAGACUGUACCACACAGUCUUCAUCAGGUUCUGACUCAGAUUCAGACUUUUUCAAAUUUAAAUUUCAUUUUACUUGGUAAUCAAUGAGCAUUGUUCAUGAAAAGAUAUAUUGAUGUAGUUGUUUACCUUCUCUAUUGCAGCUAUUGUUACUGACAAAGGAAAUAUUUUGUUAAGAUACCUUCAUCAGCAGUGGGAGGUAAAGGUAAGCAAAUGUCUCAGGGCAGAACUUACCAUUCCUAUAGCAGGUUAAUAGUGUUCAAGGAGGGGCAGGGGAGCUUGAAACAAAGUUGCUUCUCCCCAAGGUCCAAACCCUUACCCUUAAUGCUUCAACAAAAUUUAACUCUUUUAUAUCUCCUCAAAAGGCAUCAGAGAAGAUAAAUGUUGAUUAACAUCCAAGUCAUUUUAUUUGACUCAUUAUUCUUGUGAAUUAUCUCUAUAGUAAAAUACUUCAUUGGUUCAGCUAUCAAGAAACUUUAAAGACCCCUUAGUUAUAUCUAACUCUUUUCUAUUUCUCCAAGUACUCCUACAUGGUAGCUCGUGACAUGUAACUAAACACAAUGAAGUAACUCAGCCAACACAGUCAUCUAUUGUGUUUUAAAAAUGUGACCACUCCAACACAAUAACCCAAAAUGGUUAAUAUUUAAGCUCUGUCGAGGACAGCAUAAAACAAAAAGACCAUGAGGUUUAUUUUGGCUAUUUCUUUUGACAACUAUAACUAUAAGAAUAAGUUAUACUGCAACCUAGAACGCUAAUGUUAUUAUUGUUACACUACAACUCCCCAAAUGGUUAAUUUUAUAAGAAAUGUUUCAUUGAUCAGUUCAGAGCAGUUGGUUUAGUUUUAUUCCAUGUAAUGUACUGAUACUUUAAUUUCCAUUUAUUGCCAGAACACACAGUCAGGUAAAAAGCGUGACGUUGGAAGUGUGGAUCUCCCAGAGUCCGCAGAGCCAUCAAGAAAAGCAAAACGCCUUGAUCAUGAAGAUUAUAGCCCACCAGAUUAA